GUCACACCGAUACCAGUCCCCCCGAUGACCAUAACACCAUAACAGGAAUCAGUGGAAGAGCAGCAGCCGUCGGGGUGGAGCAGCUUUGCCAACACAAGCAGCCAGACGCAUCCAGCCGAUGUAAAAAUGGAGCUCGGUGUCAGCCAGCGAUAGAAACAUGAACUGUCACACAUCACUCAGCACUAACUGACACCGUUUCCUUAGAAACCGCCGGGGCAGACUUCGCCUUUAUGGCGGGUUUGUCAUAUUUAGUGCUCCGAUUUUCGGGCUCCGCUGGUCGGACUUACGGAGUGUUUUCCAAAGGCUUGACGAGGACUUUGUUGAUAUUUUUUGAUCUCGCAUGGCGGCUGCGAAUCAGAUUUCCCUAUAUCUACCUUGUCGCGUCGAUGAUGUUUAAUGUCAGAUUACAGGUCCACAUUGAAAUCCACUGACUCUUCAAUGCCUGCGUUUGGACCUAAAUAAGGAGCCGGGAGCACUGCCAUGUUUACACGCUGUAAGAAAACUGGCUGACACUGCACAACGAUGUGGAGGGAGAAUAUACUCAUUCUGCAACCUGGUGUGACAAUGCGACAGAGUGACACAGCCGGUUGUUGCAAUCAACCUUUGUCACACGAGUCCAGUGCCUUUGAAGGGGAAGGACAGCGGCGAUGUCUGUGAAAAAUGAGCUGCAGCGAGCAUCGACAUGUGAGGUUGGAAAGGGAAAAGAUGCCUUGCAGUCCUGUUCUUUAACUUGCCGCAUCAGAUUCAGGAGCCGCUUGUCCGCUUGUCCGCUUGUCCGCUUGUCCGCCUGUCCGCGAAGAUUGUGUCGGAGGAGCGGUGGAUUCGGUGAUUGUUGCUGUGGAACUUUUUUUUUUUGUCUGAAAUGUAUGUUUAUUAGGCUCCCAGUGUAAACAUCUCACAGGAGGAAGUGGAACCAUUUCACUUUAAUUUAAAACGUAAAUAUCUACACCGCAUGAUACAAACAAAAC